UUAGGUAUUGGCAUUCACUUUCCUUGUUCAUGUCCAAAACCUCAGCUCAUUUCUUGCCAGGCCACGCCACACCAAGAUUUUUUCUCUUUAGGUGAGAGAGAGAGAGAUCUGGAAGCAACAAGCUUCCUAGCUAUGGCAAACUCAGAGGCCGGAUCGAGUUGUGAUGCUGCACGAGCCUUAGAAAGUGAGUUCCAUGUGUUCUUGAGUUUCAGAGGGCCUGACUGUCGCCAUGGAUUCACAGAUUUCCUCUAUCACGGUUUGGUAGAUGCCGGAGUUAGUGUAUUUAAGGACGAGGAUGAACUCCAGGAAGGUGAAGUGAUUGGUGGGAACCUUCUAAAAGCUAUCAACAGCUCCAUAAUCUACAUACCCAUCUUCUCUCGGAGUUAUGCUUCGAGUAAAUGGUGUCUCCGUGAGCUUGCGCACAUAAUAGACAACGUUUCUAAGUCAGAGAGUGAAAAAAGUAUUCUUCCCAUUUUUCUGGAUGUAGAACCUGAGGAUGUUAAACUUAAGACUCCACGAUACACCGACGCUUUACGGGAACACGGGAACAAGUUUCCUGACGAAGUCAAGGCAUGGAGAAAGGCUCUUGCAGAGAUAGAUGAAAUCAAGGGAUGGAACGUGAAAAAGGAUCAAAGCCAAGCAGCAAUUGUCAAAUUGGUUGUUGAAAAGGUUUUGGAGAAGCUGGAGAUAAAACAAAAAUCAGUGACCGAACAUUUAGUUGGACUUGAGGAUCGAGUAAAACACUUGACAGAGUUAUUAGAUGUCAACCAUCGUGAUGUGCGGUGCAUUGGAAUUUAUGGAAUGGGUGGCAUCGGUAAAACAACUCUUGCCAAGGUUGUCUUUAAUCAACUAUCUUCCAACUUCGGAAAGUGUUGUAGCUUCCUUGAGAAUGUUCGAGAGAGCUCGUCGACCAAGGACGGCAUAGUCCAGUUGCAGAAAAAAUUACUAUCUAACAUUGUUGGUUCUCCAUCUGCAGAACAAUUAAUGGACAGUGAACAAGCAAUGAGGACGAUUGGAGACACACUCAGCACUGAGAAGCUCCUUGUGGUUCUGGAUGAUGUUGAUAAAAAAGAGCACAUUGAGAAAUUAAUAGGAGGUUAUUCAUUAUAUUCAGGAUCUAGGGUAAUCAUUACAACGAGAAACAAAAUUAUUCUGAAUGUUAAGGGACUUGAAGAUGAAAUUCUAUGGUAUGAGAUGCUAAAGAUAGAUGAUGGUCUUGCACUUCAGCUUUUUUGUCAGCAUGCCUUUGGUAGAGACUUUCCUUCGAAUGAUUAUCAUCGGCUGUCAAGUAAAAUUGUCUCAAAUAUGGGAGGGCUUCCUUUGGUCAUUAAGGUGAUAGGUUCGUUACUUAAUGGGAAAGACAAAGCAUUUUGGCAAGAGACGUUGGUCAGGUUAAGGGAAGUACCCGCGGAAGAGAUUCUGGAGACGUUGAGGAUUAGUUAUGAUAACCUAGACAAACAUCAGCAACAAAUUUUUCUCGAUAUCGCAUGCUUCUUGUUCAAUGAGAAUAAGACCGAUGCAAUUUACAUGUGGGCCGAUUGUCAAUUUUAUCCCAUAAAAGGAAUUAAAGUCCUUACUGAUAGGUGCUUGAUAAAGCUAUUGGACAAUGAUAAGAUCUGGAUGCAUGAUCAACUAAUAGACCUUGGAAGGCGUAUUGUCCGUCAAGAAAGUCGAUUCAACCCUGGAAAGCGAAGUAGGUUGUGGAUUGCAAAAGAAGCCCUUGAAAUCAUAAGAACCAAAAAGAUGAAGGACGAGGUUCAAGCACUUAAGAUAUUUAGGUCCGUUGACUCCAUAGAUAUUACAAAUGAGGACUUUGAAAGGUUACAAAACCUAAGAUUUCUCGAGUUAAACUGGGGAACUUUUGCUGGGGACUUUACAAGAUGCCGUUCAAAUUUGAGAUGGUUUUCUUGGCAUUCUCCUUUGGAUUUUAGAGCAAGCAAUAUGUAUUUCGACCGUCUUGUUGUUUGUAAAUUUGAUGCUAUUGACUUCAAGGAUGAUUCAAAAGCAUGGGACUUGAUCAAGGGGGCACAAAAUUUGAAAGUUCUGUCCCUUACUCGGUGUACUCGCAUAACGACAAUUCCAGACUUCUCAAAAUCCUCAUGUUUAGAGAGGUUGACUCUUGCAAACUGCUCUGGUCUAAAGAGAAUUGAGAGCUUCAUCGGAGAUCUACAAUCGUUGAUUGAGUUAAAGAUCGAAGAGUGCGGGGGUCUUACGGAUUUGCCUGAUGAAGUGGGGGCACUAGUGAAGCUUAAGCACUUCUCAAUGUCAGGUUGUAGAGGGUUGAGAGAACUUCCGGGCUCACUUGGGAAUUUAACUUCAUUGACGGAGUUAGACUUAUCAGACACGAUAAUAAGAGAACUUCCCAACUCCAUUGGAAUGUUAAAAUCAUUACGCAUCUUGCGUUUACAAAUAGGUGCAUUAAUUGAUCGGGAGCAUCAUGUUUGGCAGUUACCCAGUGGCAUCAAUACAUUGGUAACUCUUGAAGAGUUGGAUCUCUGUGGGCGUAAUGAAAUGACAGGUGAAAUUCCUGCUGGAAUUGGAGAAUUGUCAUCUUUAAGAAUCCUAAAUUUAGAGCACACACGUAUUUACGGAAUUCCAAAGACAAUCAACAUGCUUCAUCACCUCCAAACCCUAAACUUAAGGUCGUGUCAUGAGAUUCAAGUGUUGCCAGAGCUUCCCACAAGUUUGACCUGCCUACUUCUUGAAUCGAAAUCAUUGCGCUCAGUCCCUAAUCUGUCGAACCAAACUAACUUGGUUGAACUGCAACUAAGUGAUGGCUCUGGGGAUAAAAAGAAAUCAAACCUAAUCACAGGAAGCAACUUAAGGUGGAUUGGGAGGUUAUCUAGAUUGAAAAAGUUAGAGUUAGAUUUGCUAAACGUCCCUACACCUCCAGAGUUGGCUUCUCUUUCUCACCUGGAAGAGCUUAAGUUGUCUUGCUUAGACCUAGAAACCCUCGUGCAGCUUCCGUCCUCAAACUGGAGUUUGAGAAAUUUGUCGACUUUGGAGUUCUAUUGGUGUGAAAUGGAAGACAUUCCACUAGAUAGACUUCCACGACUGGAGAAAUUAAGUGUUUACCAUUGUAAACGGCUUCAGAGAUUAUCCAGUCCUUUGGAAUUAAGGAAGCUGUGGCAAGUGCAUGUGUCAUGUUGUCAAGAGUUAGUUGAGAUCCAAGUUGACCAUCUUUCGAAAUCAUUGGAAUCCUUGAGCGUUUAUGAGUGUGAAUCUCUAACAAAAAUAGGUGGUUUGCGGUACUCGAUGAACAUGGAGCAUUUGAGAAUCCAAAGGUGUAGACAACUUAUUAAUGUUGAGGGCCUAAAUGACCUAGAGUCUCUGAAAUCCUUGGAGGUCACACAGUGCCCGUCAUUGAGAAGCUUGAUAGAUGCAUCUUGCACAAAUAUACCGGAUGAUUGCCUCGUCAAAAUACACGGGUGUGGAGACUUUAUCAAAGAUUCUACUCAGGACAACGCCUUUGGAAUCUCUUUGAAGAGCUACAGAGACGAGAUUCUUCUGGAUAAAUCAAACUUUGAAUCCAAGUCAGACAAGACUGAAGGCGGGGAAAGGACCACAACGACAAGCGAAGAAUCUUGCACCAAGGAACAGGAAAAGGUAAAGGAAAAGGAGAAGACUGAAGGCGGGGAAAAGGCCACAGCUUGGAGGACGAGCAAAGAAUCUUGCAACGUGGGAAUGCUGAAAGCGGUGUUCAAGCUGGAUUUGCACGACGACAAGGAAAAGAAGAAGGUCAUGAAGAUAGCCAGUGGAUUUGCAGGGAUUGAGUCGAUCUGCAUGGACAUGAAGGACAAGAAGCUGACGGUGGCCGGACAUAUGGAUCCUGUGGAGCUCGCGGAGAAGCUGAGGAAGCUGUUUCCCACGGAGAUAAUCUUGGUCGAACCGGCCAAAGAGGCUCAGAAGAAGGACGAUAACAAGAUCGGUACAACAAGAAAGACGAUAACAAAACCGGACAAGCACUUGAUUUUUUCUGCCCCGUUCGGGCCGGACCCUUGUAAGAUUAGCUAA